AUGGCUUCUGCUUCUGCUGCCCUUUUUACCAUGGCAACCAACAUUUCAAGUCCCUCCAGUUGUGGGGAUUGCAUCAACAGAUCACACUCUGAUCCGUUUGGGUUUGUCCAACACCAUCGUGCGGGCCAGCAACAGGUCGGCCCUGAUGGUGAUGUCUUUCGGCACGAGUUGCCAUCGUUGCAAUCUCCCUCCAGCAAUUCGCAUCCUCUACCGUCUGGCUCCCGACACCGGCCGGCGAUUCUGGAGAGCCCACCAUCCACGACCGUUCAACUUGAUCUGGCCGCCCACCACGUUCACUCACUUCUUCCCGAGGCCCUCAAGGGUUCACUGUCACGGUCACUUUCAUCGUUGCCCUCUACCUCUUGCCCAUCCCACACGCCUGUCCAGCCUCCCUCAGAAGACACUCUUCCGAUUGCCGAGUGUCUGCUUAGGCCUCGGCUGGACAGCACAAAAGCCCACGGGCCCAAUGUGAUUUGUGCCAAUUCAGCAUUGCAUAGUUCAGAGUCGGCGGUCUCUUUGAGAUCCGCACUAAAUCGGAGGUUUCUUGCGUGUCACGCACCACUUGAUCCAUUUCUAUCCGCUUGUAUCCUGACCAGUUGCCAGCUCUGCAAUUCUGGACCCUUCAGAGAUCGUUUAUACCUACUGGCGCGUGUCUGCCUGCCUUGGAGACACUCAUUAGUGCCAUACUUUGUCAUCCCGGCAGAGCUCAUUGCUCCGCCUCUGCAUUUUAGUCAGGACUUCCGUGCAAUGUCUUUCGCCUGA